AUGCUGGCAUUGGAGGGCGCGGAGGGUGACGGCGGCAACGUGGUCGGCCGGGAGAGCGGGCACCCGGACUCUCACGAGACGUUCGUGACGGUGGAGCGCCUGCAGCUGCCGCUGUGCGGCGGGUCCCGGCCGCACUUCUUCAGGGGCGUCGCCACGAUCGUAACCAAGCUGUUCCACAUAGUAGAGCCAGACGUGGCCGUCUUUGGCCGCAAGGACUACCAGCAGUGGCGAGUCAUCACGCGAAUGGUGCGUGACCUGGACUUCCCCAUUGAGAUCGUGGGCAUGCCGAUCGCCCGUGAGGCGGACGGCCUGGCCAUGAGCAGCCGAAACGCGCGGCUGUCGCCAGAGGCACGCCAGGCGUGCCUGGCCAUACCCCGCGCCAUUCAGUGGGCCGAGGCCGCGGUCGCGGGGGCGGCGUUACCAGGGCAAGGGCAGGAGCUGGGCGGCCUGUCGGAUCCUCAGGCCGUGGCGGAUGAGGUGGCGCGGCAGAUAGCAGAGGCGGGCGGCAAGGUGGACUAUGUUGAGUUGCGCCACGCGGAGAACCUGCAGCCCGUGAGCGACCUGCGCGCGCAGCCGACGCUGCUGGCGGUGGCGGCGCACUUCCCCGCGAAAGACCGCGGCACUGUGCGGCUGAUCGACAACACAGUGCUCCAGGGCGGCGCAUGA